AUGGAUGCUGCGGGAAGGGGCUGCCAUUUGCUGCCCCUGCCAGCGGCGCGCGGACCUGCCCGCGCUCCCGCCGCCGCCGCCCGCGCCGUCAGCCGGCCCGGCCUCUGCAGCGGCGCCGCCUGGGCUCCCGCGGCCGCCGGAGCGGGCGCCAUGAACCCCAGCCCCUCGGCGGGCGAGGACCAGGGGGCGGCGGGCGGCGGGAGCGGCGCCGGGAGCUGCUGCCUGGGCGCCGAGGGCGGCGCGGACCCGUGGGGCGCAGGGGCGGCGGCGGCGGGGGCCGCUGCCCUGGAGGAGCCCGCGGCCGCCGGCCAGAAGGAGAAGGACGAGGCUCUGGAGGAGAAACUGAGGAACUUAACUUUCCGGAAGCAGGUCUCUUACAGGAAAGCAAUCUCCCGGGCGGGCCUCCAGCAUCUGGCUCCUGCACACCCCCUCAGCCUUCCCGUGGCAAACGGUCCAGCAAAGGAGCCCAGAGCGACUCUGGACUGGAGCGAGAAUGCUGUGAAUGGAGAACACUUGUGGCUGGAGACCAACGUCUCAGGAGACCUCUGCUACCUGGGAGAGGAGAACUGCCAAGUCCGAUUUGCAAAAUCCGCCCUCAGGAGGAAGUGUGCAGUCUGUAAAAUCGUCGUCCACACCGCCUGCAUUGAGCAGCUAGAAAAGAUUAAUUUCAGAUGUAAACCAACAUUUCGAGAAGGGGGCUCAAGAUCACCAAGAGAAAAUUUUGUGCGUCAUCACUGGGUGCACAGGCGCCGGCAGGAGGGGAAAUGUAAGCAGUGUGGAAAGGGCUUCCAGCAAAAGUUCUCCUUCCACAGUAAAGAGAUCGUGGCUAUCAGCUGUUCCUGGUGCAAGCAGGCAUUUCACAAUAAGGUGACCUGCUUCAUGCUGCAUCACAUCGAAGAACCCUGCUCCCUGGGGGCUCAUGCUGCUGUUAUUGUCCCGCCCACCUGGAUCAUUAAGGUGAAGAAACCUCAGAACUCUCUGAAGGCUUCAAAUCGGAAAAAGAAGAGAACAAGCUUUAAAAGAAAAGCCAGUAAAAGAGGAACUGAACAGGAAAACAAAGGUCGUCCUUUUGUGAUAAAACCUAUCUCUUCUCCUCUCAUGAAACCCUUGCUUGUAUUUGUGAACCCCAAAAGUGGAGGUAACCAGGGAACCAAAGUCCUGCAGAUGUUCAUGUGGUACCUGAAUCCACGGCAAGUCUUUGAUCUUUCUCAGGAAGGGCCAAAAGACGCGCUCGAGUUGUAUAGGAAAGUACCAAAUCUGCGAAUUCUUGCCUGUGGUGGGGAUGGAACGGUGGGCUGGAUCCUUUCCAUCCUGGAUGAACUGCAGCUGAACCCUCAGCCUCCCGUGGGGGUCCUUCCUCUGGGCACUGGGAAUGACCUGGCUCGGACUCUCAACUGGGGAGGGGGCUACACUGAUGAACCUGUUUCUAAGAUCCUGUGCCAAGUAGAAGAUGGGACAAUUGUACAGCUAGAUCGCUGGAACCUCCACGUGGAAAGAAACCCAGACUUGCCUCCAGAAGAACUUGAAGAUGGCGUAUGUAAGCUCCCUCUGAAUGUUUUCAAUAAUUACUUCAGCCUUGGAUUUGAUGCUCAUGUCACACUGGAGUUCCAUGAAUCCAGAGAAGCAAAUCCAGAGAAGUUCAACAGUCGUUUUCGAAAUAAAAUGUUCUAUGCAGGGGCAGCUUUUUCUGAUUUCCUUCAGAGAAGUUCCAGAGAUCUAUCCAAACAUGUUAAAGUUGUUUGUGAUGGAACAGAUCUCACCCCAAAGAUUCAGGAACUGAAGUUCCAGUGUAUAGUAUUUUUAAAUAUACCUAGAUAUUGUGCUGGCACAAUGCCCUGGGGAAACCCAGGAGAUCACCAUGAUUUUGAGCCUCAGCGUCAUGAUGAUGGGUACAUUGAGGUUAUUGGAUUCACCAUGGCCUCUUUGGCUGCCCUCCAAGUUGGGGGCCACGGAGAAAGGCUACACCAGUGUCGAGAAGUCAUGCUUCUAACGUACAAAUCCAUCCCCAUGCAAGUGGAUGGGGAGCCCUGUAGGUUGGCCCCAGCCAUGAUUCGCAUCUCCCUGAGGAAUCAGGCCAACAUGGUGCAGAAGAGCAAGAGGAGAACGUCCAUGCCUUUACUCAACGAUCCCCAGUCUGUCCCAGAUCGCCUGAGGAUCCGGGUGAACAAAAUCAGUUUACAAGACUAUGAAGGAUUCCACUAUGACAAAGAGAAGCUCCGGGAAGCUUCCAUACCUCUGGGUAUUCUAGUUGUGCGUGGAGACUGUGAUUUGGAGACUUGCCGUAUGUACAUAGACCGCCUACAGGAGGACCUGCAGUCAGUUUCUUCUGGCUCCCAGAGAGUUCAUUACCAGGACCGAGAAACCUCCUUCCCCAGGGCUCUCUCAGCUCAGAGGCUCUCCCCUCGCUGGUGCUUCCUAGAUGCAACUUCUGCUGAUCGCUUUUAUCGAAUAGACAGAUCUCAGGAACAUUUGCACUUUGUGAUGGAGAUUUCCCAAGAUGAGAUUUUUAUUCUGGACCCCGAUAUGGUGGUGUCACAGGCGGCGGGGACGCCUCCAGGAAUGCCCGAUCUGGUAGUGGAGCAAGCCUCGGGGGUGUCGGACUGGUGGAACCCCGCCCUGCGGAAACGCAUGCUGAGCGACAGCGGGCUGGGGGUGAUAACGCCCUAUUAUGAAGACUCGGAUAUGAAGGACCUCAGCCACUCCCGCGUGCUACAGUCACCAGUCUCUUCAGAAGAUCAUGCAAUUUUGCAGGCAGUAAUAGCUGGUGAUCUUAUGAAGCUAAUAGAAAGCUAUAAAAAUGGAGGCAGUCUGCUAAUUCAGGGACCGGACCAUUGUUCACUCCUUCACUACGCAGCUAAAACCGGCAACGGGGAGAUUGUGAAAUAUAUCCUUGACCACGGACCUUCCGAGUUAUUGGAUAUGGCAGACAGCGAAACGGGUGAGACUGCACUGCACAAGGCCGCCUGCCAGCGGAACCGGGCUGUGUGCCAGCUUCUGGUGGACGCAGGAGCAUCUCUGAGAAAGACGGACUCCAAGGGUAAGACACCUCAAGACAGAGCACAGCAAGCUGGGGACCCAGAUUUGGCUGCUUACCUAGAAAGCCGUCAGAACUAUAAGAUCCUUGGCCAUGAGGACCUGGAAACUGCUGUUUGACCCUGGUAGAUGGACAAAGAGAACGUGAGCAAGCAUAUCACCUAUGCCCUCCCAGCGAUUGGGCAGCACCCCUGGACGAAGCUGAUGGAAUCCAUAAAUCUGUCUCUCUCCUGCAAGAAUCUGAGACCAUGCCACCAGUUUUUAAGGGCUACCACUAUGUACAACAGAACAUGAUAGCCCAUUGAGAAAGAGGCAGGGUACCUGGAGAUUUGUGGAAUACAGUACGAGUUCCACAAAAUUCGAUCCUUAUUGCUUCCAGCAAGUAGCAUGAACUUCUGUGUUCACCUGUAUAAUUUAUUUUAAAGAUUCAAAGGAUGUUCGUAUUAAUGGCACUGCUCCCUCCUCCCCCUAUGCAUUCAUUUUUCCCCUGUACCACAUAAUUCUACUGCAACUACCCAUCAAUUCAAAAAAAAUAUGAUAUUAUUUCUUCUCUUUACAUCCAGUCUCCGAAGACCACAAGAUUGUCUGGAGGUCUUCUAAACCCUCUGGAGGUCCUGCAGAAACAUAACUAUAAAACCACUUCCAUUUCCAAGAUGAAAUAUAUCAAGACUACUUAGUGACUCUUUGCAUGUCCUACCCCCCACCCCACCCCCCAUUUCAUUAUAUAGGAGCUGGGAAGUGCCACAUGGAUAAUGUCAACUUGUGUGCUAUAUCUCUGAGGUAUGGUGAGGUGGCAUGGGAGUUGUCUGCGCUUGGCGGUACCUCAGAGAGGUAACCCAGGGGUCGGCCCGGGCUGCUGGGCUGUAUAGUCCAUAGCCUUGCAGGACUGGUUCCGCUUGGGCUGUUUGUACAGCUCCGUACUGCCUAUGUGUAGCCAUCUUUGCCUUUUGCUGCAAUAGAGAUGAGCAAUGGAUUCAGCAGAGGCCCACAGUUAGUUUGCAGAACCACUCAAUUUUAAGUGCUGUUUAAAUUGCAGAGCAGAAAAUCGUGUGUGGGAACUGUGGUUACAGGAAAUGGAGCACUCUAACAACGUUUACGUCUAAACUUUGUUGAGUGAUAAUAGAAAGCAGCCUAAUUGACUUGAAAAAAAAAAAAACAGCAAGAGCAAAAGUAGCAACAUAUGUCAACAUAUGUCACUUAAGCAAGAAGACAGUCAUUGGAAUGUUGCACGGAGGCUAAUAACUUUAGACUCUUGGAUGCAGUAGUGAGAGGGGCCUCAUUUUAGGUUUUUCUUCUAGAUUUUUGGUUUUCAUUACUCCAAGUAAGCCUUGACCCAAGGACAAACCCUUGUUGACUAAGUUCCACUCCCAGAUUUCUGGGAUGUUUGGAUCUUUCUGAUGGAUGCUUCAACUGUUACUUGUCAGGCCCCAUGGUCAUACCUGAUAACCCCAUUUUCCACGUGUGGGGUAGUCUAAUAUAUUAUUUUCCCUAGUUUACUUUCCCCUACCAGAAAGUUCUCAGUGCAAACCACUGUGGGAAUCUAGCCAGAAAUGUCUGUCUGGUAGUGGAAUUGCAACGUCUAAUCCUGCCACGGAUUGGAUGGUACUUGAAGGUACCUCUAUCAGGGACUCUGUGAUAACUGAAAUAUCAGGAGAAAAAGUCUUCUAACUUUCUGUCCAAAUAUCUAUUUGCCUUGGGUAUAAGUCAAAAAUAAAAGCGAGUGUCCAAGGAUUCUGAUUUUGGCUAAAUCUGAUGUCUCCUGAGCUUAUUUCUGUUUUGCUCUUGGACACAGCAAAGUGCUUUUCUAGUGUUCGUGCAUGUGAUUGUUUCUCCGCACUUACUUUAAAGGUCUGGUGGUGACAUUUUGCUCAUCUGAAUCACAUUUUGGUCACAUAUCACCAUUUUGAAAGUACUGCUAUGGUAUGCAAUGUUAUGUAGGAACAGGCGUUUUACUUCCAGUCUCUCCGUGGUCAUUUCAAAGUAAAAUUGUUGGCAUUAUUUCUACCUGUGGGAGAAUGGUUUUGUUGCAAUUAUGUCCAUAUAUCAGUCUCAUAAAUGGAACUAUCUUUUGAAUUUUACAGGAACUAUCUUUUGAAUUUUAAAUUUUACUAUCUUUUGAAGUAAGGCCUAUGGUAGAUUCUUUCCAGAAGCUGAAAAAAUAUGCUGCAGGAGAAUUUAAUCACUGUGCUUCUGCUGGGAUAUUUUUUUUUUUCUAGUUGGUGGGACUGUCAAGGCAAUGUUGUGAUUACAGAAAUAUAAUCCUUGAGGCAGAUUGGAAUCUGGCUCCGGAUAGUACCUUCCAUUCCCUGUACUCAGCCACACAGUUGGCCAAGCAGUAAGUUACUCAGACUGCUACUGCUGGGAUGAAGGACUUAAUUUUCAUCAAAUACUGUCUCACAUUUCUCUGUGCAUGCUAAAUUUUCCAGAGAAAAUUUAGGGUACAGGUGGCUAUGAGCCAAUUCAAAUAACUCCAAUUGAGGACACGAAUAAAUCCCUGAUACGAAAAAUGAUGAGGUACUGACUACCAUAAGGGUCCUGCUGCAUUUGGAAAUUGUGCCAAAAUUUUAAAAAAGGCAUUAGAGUCCUACAUUAUUGAUGAGGAGUGUGAUACAUGAUAUAUCUUUGAAAAAGCAAAAACCUCUAGGACUUGUGCUUUCCAAAAAAAAGUGAGCAGAACAAUCACAUAUUUAAUAUGGUUUCAACAUUAAAUCAUCUCCUGUAGCAUUUUUUUUUUUCCUUUUUAAAUGGUCACUAGGUGUGACAGCCUAAGUAUACUGUAUCCCUUUAAUGGCCUAUCUGGAAGCAUAGAAGCAAAUGGUCUGGUCCUGGUCUGAAAACCCAUAUGAACUUUAACAGACAUAAAACUAUGGACUUCUAGAAGUAUCAUUUCUAUGAAGUCCACUGAGACAGUAGGAGCAGCCGGCUUAGCUGGCUCCACCGUGUUGGCCCUUCGUGCCAUGGCACUGUCUGCUCUGGGAUUUCGUUUUUAGAUUAGGCUGAUAGAGGGAUGAAAAACGAGGAGUUAUUAAAAGGCAACAUGCCAUAACCUUAAAGGCCGUCAUUUUUGCAACCUUAAGUUCCAGUAUUGCACAUUUAAAGAAACAGGACACGGUUCAUCUGUGCUUUCUCACAGUUGAAGACUUGAUAAAGAAUAGAAGACUAGUAAACCAAGAAGGAUAUAAACACCGUGACUAGGAAUUUCGCUUUGAGAGUCCACGUUUCCUCCCUAGAGGUGUGACAACCAAAACCAGCACAGGUUUUGAAACAGAAUUCCGCUGGCAGCCGCACAGCCGUGGAGCGAGUGACGACUGGGGCAGAGCCUCGCAAAUGCCCCUGCUCUGUGUCCUUCGCUGACAGCUGCUCAGGCAGCUCUGUCUGCGCUGGGAGAUGCUUCGCAGCAAGUUCGUUCUCAUUCGGACCUAGCGACAGUCCCUUUGCCUAAAGGAUUUCUGAAAUUACUAGAAUCCUCGUAAUAGUCACGUCUUAGAAAAUGUGGCACAGCAGUUCCAUCUUAUUACGUGACAAUUUUAUUAAUUAAUAGUUAGAUUUUUUUAGUUGUAAAAAUGGCACAUACUUUUCAUAAAAGGUUUUAAUACCACAGAUGAGGGUCAUGUGCAAAGUCAAGGCGUUUGUGCUGGGGUUGUGUCCCCCUCCCCAGAGAUAAAGAGUGUGAACGCUGAUAAACAUUGCUUAUAUGUUACAUCAGAAAUACUCCAUUCAUAAACAAGCACAUAUUCGUGUAUAUUCACGCACAUACAUAGAACCUUAUUUGAUACAUAUAUGUGUAUAUCUACUGUACACCCAUAUAUCUCAUAGGUUUAGAAAAGAGAAUAAUUGUAAAAGAGUGCUGAUCAUCAGUAUAUAUGUAUAGUUAAGACCAACAGGCAAAGAUAGAUAAGGUAAAGGAGAAUUUUCAUUUAUUUUUUGUUUCCAUUAUUACUAAGCUUAGUUCUACCACUGCAUCACUAUAACUGCACAUGGCAUUUGCUACUGCCUGUGUCGUAAAACCCAUGACCACACAUUCUUGUAAUUGUUUUUGUUGCUUUCCAUGAAGCAUGAAACCUAUCUUAGCCCCAAGACUUACCUGUGCUAUUUUUGGAUUUCAAGUAAAGGAGAGUUCCUCCCUCUGUGAUCCUUACACCACUUUACAAGGCUGAGUUUACAAAACUCACACCCAGUAGGUUGCUUAAUGAUAUUUAAUUAGGGCAAGUGACUGCCAGGAAGGGGUAGUAAGUUGGAUGUAGGGUAGGGUCUGAGCAGCUUAUCUUCCUUCUAGUGGGAGUAGUAAUGAAAUCACUGAGAACAGCAUGAAAUUAAUUAUUUUGUUCAAUUAUGCUAUUUAAAAAUAAAAAUAGUAUUUUGUUAAAAUGGCUCAUCAUAACCAUCAAAUAAAAUUACUACUUGCUCUAUGUAAAUGAAUUAUGUUCAUUUUAGGGGGGAAAAAGUACAACAAUAUCUAUUAAAUUAGCUUUCUGAUUAAUCUUUAACAUUGAUUUAGUAUAAAAUCACUUCUGUCCACAUCUUAACUGAAUCUCUCAAUUCUUCUCACCCUGAGUUUCAUGCUCAGCUGAUUAGAAGUCCUGCAGUUCUUUCUCUGCGAAGCUUCUCAGACUGACCAGGGCCCCACCUUCUUCUGUAUCCCAUUCAUCUCUCAUCUCUUAGCCCUCUAAUUUUCUAGCUACAAUAGUUCUGCUCUUGAACUUUCUGUCACUACCAUUGAUAAUUUUGUCAUACAGCUGACAAAUUCUUCCCCAGAUAUUGUGCUCAAAAUGGAUCAAAAUGAAAUUACCCUCUGGGGCAAGUAUCCAUUUUGCCCAAAGGACAAAUAGAUGUGCACUGGCCUCGAUCAUCUUAUAGGAUUAUGGCAAACAUGAUUCUGAAACAUAAUCUGUCAGGUUUAGCAAAUAUCCAUCUUUGUCAUAUGGGAGUCCACAAUCAUGGCUGCCACUUCCACAGUGAUGUAAGCAGCGUGCCCUGUGACAUCACCUAGAAGACUAGAUGGCAUAUUAAUAGUUUUUUACUCCUCAGGGUCAGCUGGGGAGUUUUAGGCUGUCUCCCCACAGUUUAAUGAGAAAGCUAACAGUAAGCAAAGAGUCGUACCCAUGGACGUGCUCUCCCAGGACAAUGAGAUUCACUGAACUGGUCCCCAAAAGAGAGCAGAAAAAAUAAUUCUUAGACCAUUGAAGCAUACAUUUUAAAGUAAAAAUUUGAAUAUUGGAUGAUAGCCUCAUGAUGGAUAGAUUCCAGAAUCUAUUUAUAUAUGUAUUCAGUCAUUAUGCAUGCAAUCAUAUAUUCAUGCACCAAUCAUACAUGCGUAUAUUUAAUCAUUUAUUGGAGAAAUAUUUACCACUCUGAUGCAGGCGCCAUGCUAAGGAUAUAACAACGAAUGCAAUAGACAAAACUCUGGACUGCAUGGCGCUGGCAUCUAGGAGAAAGUACAAGUUCCACGGUGAUGAGUUCUGUGCAGAACUCCAGGGUACCCAGCAUGUGCUGGAAGCUCAACCAAGGCUUUAUUGUACCAACCCCUCACUAGUCAGCAAUGUUGUGGUUCUAUGAAAACAAAUAUUAACUAGAAAAAAAUAAUGAUAGUUUGUCUUUCCAUUUUCCUGGAGUCUUGGUAGUGUUCUUGAAAGUGUAUUUGAAACGAAGACUUUAAGAUAAGACAUAGAAACACUACUAAAUGAGGGCUAAGACUCAUUUAUUAUAGCUCUCAAGGACAGAUGUAGGAAUAACAAACAUAAUUUGCAGUGGGUGUUGACUAAAUAUAAAGAAAAAGAGGUAUAAAUAUUGUUUAAUAGUGGGAGUGAGCAUCCUUUCAGAGUUAUAAACUUUUAGCCCCUGGGAGCAUUCAAACAGAAGAUACCUGGCAGACAACCUACCUUGAGGGGUGUUGUGAUUAGGGACAUGUGAUUUGGGGGAGCUGGAAUUAGAUUCUAUGAUUUUUAAAAAGUUUCUUUUAAAGUGGCUUUGUUGAAUGGCAGGAUUUCAUUUUCAAAAACUCAUUGAAAUCUUGAUUUUUAAUCUUUAAAAACAUCACUUUAUAAGUCAGAAGCUUUAAAAUCUUUGGGGGAGGGAUGGCCUCUAGUUACCAUAUAAAAAAUUUGAAACCAACGAAGCAUGAAUUUAAGAGCUAGUAAAAAGAAAACAUACUAAGAGGUGUAACUUAAUCCAAAAUACUUCUGGAAGCAUUAUGGAUUUUGAUGAAUAUUCUUAGGCCUUGUUAAGUAAAGUCCUAUUAGAAAUCUGUCUUACCGUCCAUCCAAUAUAAAAAAGUGCUGUGAUUUGAUAUUCUUAGAAUUAAGUGUAAUCUAAAAUAACCACAGAAGAAAAUUCUGCUAAAAGACAUUUUGGAGCCAAGUAAAUAUGUACAUGAAAGGCAAUCAUGGAAAAUUCCUUGGCUUCUGCUACCAGCAUGGUAAUUACAAGAGACAACCUACCCAUGGAAAUAAAAAAAAAAAAAAA